GUGAAUCACGUGGACGUGACCGACAGUGUGGGGGGAUUGUUGGAUGGGAAAUGGUCAUUUGUAUUGACCAACAGAGCUGACCACUGCAGGAGCACUAAAAGGCGUUAAAAGAAAGAGAGGAAACGGCAGCAGUGAGCACUGAGAUUAAACCAUAGCUCGCAAACAUGGCAGAAGGAGUGUGUAAAACCGAGGAGGAUGAAGGACCGAGUACCGAGGAAAAUUCACAGUCUUUUCAUGGGGUCGGUGUGUGUAAAUGGUUCAACGUCCGCAUGGGUUUCGGGUUCCUGUCCAUGACCAGCCGGGAGGGAGUGCCGCUGGAAGAGCCGGUUGAUGUGUUCGUCCAUCAGAGUAAGUUGCACAUGGAAGGCUUCCGCAGCCUGAAGGAGGGUGAGGCAGUUGAGUUUACCUUCAAAAAGUCAUCCAAAGGUCUGGAGUCGCAGCGAGUGACCGGACCGGGCGGCAUCCACUGCGUGGGCAGCGAGCGGAGGCCCAAAGGCAAGAAGAUCCAAAAGCGGCGUUCAAAGGGGGACAGAUGCUACAACUGUGGAGGCCUGGAUCACCACGCCAAAGAGUGUAAGUUACCACCCCAGCCAAAGAAGUGCCACUUCUGCCAAAGCAUUGAUCACAUGGUUGCCAGCUGCCCAAUCAAAGCACAACAGUCCUCGCCGGGUUCUCAGGGAAAACUGUCCUCCUCCAAAGGAGAUGUGGAGGAGCACAGCCAGCCGGCACCACCUACCGACACCUCUGAUUAAACACAGGAGCUGACACUGGGGAAGCACAGAGGCCAAUCAAACUGCUUUGAUGGGAAGGAGGGAGACUCGAUCCCCUUCCACCUGUUGAAGCUGCUUUUGGAACUACCUCAGGUUAAAAAUACCCAUGAAGAAUGUUGCUAAAGUCUUUUUUAUUUUUAUUUGUUUUUUUUUUUAUUAGGUGUAACGCUCAGGAACACUGCUGUACUAUUGCACUCAGGACGCUUGUUUAAUGUAUGAAUCACUGGUAUUGGGGAUUUGAGACUGUAGUGAGCAAUGCUAUGUAACGGAUGAGCUUCAGGAGUUUAUGUAGAUUUCUGUUAUGUAAUAAUGUGCCUCCACUGUGGGCAUUAUACCUCUUCUUCUUUGAGUAGUACUGCGUGUUUAGUAUAGCUACACUUUUGCUGCCUUACCAUUUUGUCCCCUUCUGGACUGUUACACCUCACUAUCCGGCACGGCGUAGAUGUAACAGUUACUACAUCUGUAAUGAAUGUUAGAGGUUUGCAUAUUGU